UCGAGAUGCUUCUCAUCGACCAAGAGGAGACUGUCAUCCAGGGUUUCAUCCCAGCUGGGAGGAUAGACACUUAUUUGCCACACAUGAGAGCUGGUGGCCUUUACAGACUCAACAGUUUUUUCGGUUCUCACAACAAGAUUUUGUAUCGUGUUGCGGAACCAAGUUUCACCAUCACAUUCUCAUCGACUUCUGUCCUCUCUGAUCUAACGGACAGUCCGGUUUGUUUCCUUGAGGACCGGUUCCGGAUCCAUGGAUAUGAGGAGUUCGAUGCUGCCUGCGACUUGAGAGGGGAUCUUUAUGAUUAUGUUGGCCACAUCAAGCUUGUGAAUGGACAGGUUCUAAGUGAUAGUCUCAUGCUAGAUGAUGCCGAGAUAGCUUCAUCUCGCCGCGUCUUGCUCCAUGUUCAAACACAUGAUGGUCCGGUGAUGAAGUUAUACCUAUGGGACAAGGCUGCCUCGGAUUUUAGUGAGAAAUUUAAAGCAUCUGGAGGAACCGCACGUGUUGUUUUGGUCACUACUUUAAACCCGAAACGAUUUGGAGGUACCCUCGCUCUCUCUUCUAUGACGCCAUCACGUGUUUUCUUGGACAAAGAUGUUCAAAUAACCGAAGAGUAUCUCACUUGGAUGAACGCGAACUUAUCUGUUGCCAACAGAGUUAACGCAGACGUUGUCACUAAGACUGAGACAAUGACCAUAGGCGAGCUCUUAUUCUAUAUUCAGCAGGAAGAUGCCAAGGUUGCUUGGUUUGAGUGCAUAGCAACUGUUGCUGAUGUGGUGCACGGUUCAUCCUGGUAUUACAUAGGAUGUGGUGUGUGCCACACUAAGGCAACCAAAGGGCCUACCACCCUUAUGUGUAAAAAAUGUGGGAAACCCGACAUUGUUGGUGUUCCACAGUACCUGGCCAAGAUCUCUGUGUAUGAUAAUGAGGAUCAGGCGUCUUUUGUGCUCCUCGGUGAUGCUGGACAUGAGUUAUCCGGAAGAAAAGCUUCAGAGUUGGUUGCAAGUUAUUUCGAGGCUAAUGAGAAUGUAGGAGAUGACCACUUGGUUCCGGUACCUCAGGCUCUUAUCGAUACCAUUGGACAGACUCGAAAAUUCAUUGUGAAAGUAUCAGAUCACAAUUUGACAGGCAAGACCCAAGCUUUGACUGUGACAAAGGUUCUCACCCCAGAAGAUCAAGAAGCUGAAGCCCAAGGAACUCUGCAGAAUGGAGUUGCUGAUGGUGAACCUUCCACAUGCGUUGGGAUUGUGAAGAGGGCUGCUGAUAAGGUCGAGGCAGAAGACCCCAAGCGAGCCAGAUGUGGCUAGGAUGUGUUGAAUCGUGGUUUUAUGAUUACUAAGACUCUAUGCUUUGUUUUUUUUUAAUCUCAGACUUUGUGUUUGCAACAUUGAACUAUCUUUCUUAUUGUCUCUGCAUAAUGUUUUUACCUUAAGUUUGAUGUUUGAGUAUCUUAGUUUUGUUGGA